ACACAUUAUUCGUAUUUAGAUAUAAACAUUUACGUAUUGUUUACGGAAUAGUAGAUAAAGUUAUGAAUUUCUAUAAAUAGUGUUUCGUCGUUUUACAAAUGCGUGCACUUGAUAUUUGAACCGCGAGUGGCUUUACUUUCAUAGUAAAAUAGUCUUCACACUUUAAAGAAAAUUAAUGAUAUUUUAAAUUUUAAUGUGGCUUUUUAUUUAAGACGGCACACGUUUUUAUGAUGACUGAAUGAAACAGAUAAUGUUGUUGAAAUGAUAUAAUACUGAACUUUGAACGGUCUUAUGUUCACGGAAUGUUUUCGGUUUUAGUCAUGGAUGAAAUGGUUUCGCAGCUAUUGUUUCUUGUCCUGCUACUAUCUGGCGUGCAGUGCUCCAUAAAGAAAGGCAUUGGCGUUGGCCCACGAAAUUUUCUAUGUAAUGAUUUUGAUGCUAUGGACAACAUGCACUGGUGGUACGACUGGGGAGCCAAUUUUGAUAAGAUUGAAGCGAAUAGCGGCUGUGAUAUUAAUUCUUUGGGCAGCGAUGUCGUUGACAAAUAUGUUUCAAUGAUUUGGGGGUACAAUCCUAACUGGAACCCGCGCGUCCGUGAACCUGACCACUCAGAAGAUUUUUAUUUGGCUUUUAAUGAGCCAAAUCACAGGAAACAAGCCAACUUAACGCCAAAACAGGCUGUUGAUGCUUGGCCAAUUGUGGAACAAAAUGCAGGCAACAGAAAGAUUGUUAGUCCCGCAGCUGCUCAGUGCGGCGGUGGAGAAACUAAUUGCAUUGGCGAAACAGAAAUAGCCUGGUUUCAAGAUUUUUUCAGCCUCCUUUGCGUAAAUGAAACAGUUAACGGAAUACAACCAAAAACUUGCCGUGUGGAUUAUAUCGCAACCCACAUUUACACCUGCAAAGCUCCUAAGGUAGGAAGAUUACUCCAGGAACUUUAUGACGAAUUCCAGUUGAAAAUAUGGCUGACGGAGUUUGCUUGUCCCUACAGUACUGACCCUUAUGAGCAGAAAUCAUUUAUGGAGGCGGUGUUGCCGAUACUUGAAGAAGCAGAUCAUGUUUUUAGAUACGCAUGGUUUGUGCACCGCUCAACGGCGGGAGAUAACGAAUUUGUAACUUCUGCUAUAAGUCUUCUGGAACCUACCUCCUCAACACUAACAACCCUUGGAGAAUACUACAACAGCUUUACGUACGGGUCUCAAACUACCACUACCUCUUCUUCUACCAGUUCUUCAACGACCAGUACAACAAGUACAACUUCAACAUCUACCAGUAGCUCUACGAGCACCACAAGUGUGAGUACUUCUUCAUCGAGAACGUCUGCAUCCACACCAACCGGAAGCACUACGACUGCAUCAACUACGGCCCCAAAUAUCACGACAGUAGGCAGUAAUGCAAGGAGAAAUAUUUCGAUGUACAAUGAUAAUGUUCAUAAUGUGAUUUGUUUCUAUCUACUGAUGUCUGUCUUGUAUAAUAUGAGCAAAGGUUAACCAAGAAGCUAUAAAAUGCUCCAGUAUAACCUUGCCUAGAUUGAAGCAUGUCACUUUUUGAGUCACUAUAAUAGUGAACCCUUAUAAUAACCGGCAUUAACUUUCUUUCCUCGUGCGAAUUUGAUGCUUUCCUAUUUUUACGGAAAGUAACUUAUGCUUUGAACAAUAUUUACUGUUGAAUAAUGCCAGAUUGAUUAAGGAUGAAACGAAAUUUCACGGAUAUUGCAGAGUGCUUGGUUUAUAGCCUUAUUAAACAGAGGAACGGAGUCAUCUUGCUUUUCUUUGUAAGACGAUUUAAGAUAUCAAUACAAACUGUAGUUAACAGUCAAUUAGUACAUUUGCAUUAGUACAAUCCAAACAAUCUUUCCAUGAAAGGUUAGGAAUUUAUUGAUGUUAUAUCAUUGACAAACUAUAGGAAUGUAAGGAUGGUUAGGUAAAAUAUGUUACAUGAUCUGAUGAUUCGACACCUUAUGUGACACGUACGCGAUAUCUUGAACUCUCUGAUCUAAAUAUUUCGGCUAUCUUGUAGACACUGUUCUCAACAAUACGUGCCCAAAUCACCAGUUCAGCCGCGCCAUUAGAAAAUCAACAUAGUGCCUUUGCGACCAGCAUGGAUCCAGACUAGCCUGCGCUUCCGCGCAAUCUGAUCAGGAUCCAUGCUGUUCACUUCAAAGUCUAUUGCAAUAAGAGAAACUGUUAGCGAACAGCAUGGAUCCUGACCAGACUGCGUGGAUGCGCAGGCUGGUCUGGAUCCAUGCUGGUCGCAAAGGCACUAUGUUGGUUUUCUCAUGACGCGGCUCAUUUUCAGGUACUUCUUCACGGUCAGGUCCUUUUUAAGUACAAACUAUAAUCGGUUUAACCCUGAUUUCCAAAAUUUUAGUAUGUAAUUAGAAACUUCGGUAUAUAAAUUUUUGCUAGACUGUUCCUUGCGCAAGUUUUCAUAUUGGGCGUCUCUCAGAUAAUAACAUUUUGUUAACAAUCGUGCGAAUAGAAAUGUUACUACAUAAUUAUACAAUGUAGAUCUUAAGUAAACUUCUCACAGUUGUGAAUAAAGAUAUGGUCUAUAUCACAGUGAAAUAAAAUGUAUAAGACCUUGUGCUUAUUUUUGAGACAAAACAAGGAAUUCGCACAUUCCGUGCUGAUUUUUUUAUCUUUACUGUUGCUUUGUUUCUUUAUCAAUAUAGAUUUAACUACAAUUGUUUUACGUAUUUAGUUUCUGUCACGAAGGUCUUUCACUGUUGUGCCAUAAUUUAUUAUCAGGUAGAAUAUUACUAGGUAGAAUAAGCUUGAAUGAAGACGCUGUGAUAUCAAUUAUGUAUAGAAAUUGAUAUAAUUUAUGUAUAAAAAUUGAUAUAUAAUUUUUGUAUUUGAUAUUUACUGUAUAUUUGUUUUCGUCUUCACACCAAAAAGGGCACUCACACUUACUUUCUACUUACUUAAUCCCCUUUGACCCACGGGGGUGGGAGGGUAGGACCUUCACCACUUGACGCCAUCUUUAUCGGUCUUGGGCAGCUGCCUUAGCCUCUUUCCUCGACAUAGAGAUGGUCUUUAGCUCGUUGUAAAGGGUCCGCAUCUCACUGGCAAUCUGAGCUGUCUAGUACAUCACCUGUGUCUUCUAAGUCGUUGAUACUGUCCGCGGAGAGAGUAGUUUCGACGAUUGAGUUUGCCACGUCAUUAUGCUCUCCCCUGGGUCGAAUCCGAUUAUCCGUUGUAGAUAGUGUGUCUAUGGUGUUGUUUUCUGUAGCCGUUAUGUUUCACGUGGCAGGGGUGCUAACCCUACGCAAAUCCCUCCCUUUUUCACAUCCGAGUGGGACCGGCAUUUGCAGAAAGGGCACACAUAGAUAUACCAUAAUUCAUUUUAGACAGAAUAAGCUGUGAAUGAAGACGCUGUGAUAGAAAUAUUGUAUAGAUAUUGUUAUUAUUUGUGUAUAUGUAAUAGUAGACUAGCCACUAGACUUGUAAUGAAUGAAUUUCUACCUUUUUGCCCCUUUAUGUCGAAUUCAAUUUCAUACAGACAAAAGCCAGUCUAUUUUAGAGAUUUUCACAGAGGAAUGAUGUUAAAAUUAUCACUAUGAUAUUGGACAGAGUAUAUAGACUGGGUCAGUUCACUAUAUUCAUCAUAAAAAUGUAAAAAAGAUAUAUCAUAGUCUAGGAACUAGUCUAAUGUAAUUGUUUCUAUAUAUUUGUUGUCUGUUUCACGUAAUUGAGUUUAGACAUACUCAGUGUACUAUAUUGUCGUACGCAUGUGGCACUGUGGCACAAACUUUAAGGUUCUAAUUGUUCUUACGCUUGAUGUAUCGGGACUGUUCACAUUAGUAUCGCAAAUGUUAAAGGAAAUGUUCUAAAACAAAAUGUUAUUUGAUCUGGACUUGUUGGAUGAACAGGGUAAACUACGUUUUCUUAAAUACUGAUAUUUGUGAAGAACUACAAGAAUCGAGGUUAUAAAACACAUAAACCCUCUUAACUCAAGCAUCUGACUGGUAAGUGUUCUGCUUAUUACACAAUGUAACUGUUGUAAUAUAUAUAUAACAGAUAUAAAUGUUAUUGCUACAAAAGAUAUAAUGACAUUCCAAAAGAUUUAAAUAUAAAUGUUAUUUUAAUCCGAUAUAGAUAGAUAUAAUGUUACUGUUACAAACGAUAUGAGAAUGCAAUAGAUUAAACUGUUUAAUAGAUACAUGUAUGAUGUUACUUCAAAACAUGUGAUACUACUGUCGCAAUGUAUGAUGUUACUUCAAAACAUGUGAUACGACUGUCGCAAUGUAUGAUGUUACUUCAAAACAUGUGAUAUUACUGUUGCAAUGUAUGAUGUUACAUCAAAACAUGCGAUAUUAGAGCUGAAAUGUAUACUGUUACACCAAAACAUGCAAUAUUAUUGCCGCAAUGUAUGCUGUUACACCAAAACAUGCAAUAUUAUUGCCGGAAUGUAUGCUGUUACAUCAAAACAUGCGAUAUUACAGCUGAAAUGUAUGAUGUUACUCCAAAACAUGCAAUAUUACAGCCGCAAUGUAUGCUAUUACAUCAAAACAUGCAAUAUUACAGCUGAAAUAUAUGCUGUUACAUCAAAACAUGCAAUAUUACAGCUAAAAUGUAUGCUGUUACUCCAAAACAUGCAAUAUUACUGUCGCAAUGUAUGAUGUUACAUCAAAACAUGCAAUAUUACUGCCGCAAUGUAUACUGUUACAUCAAAACAUGCAAUAUUACAGCUGAAAUGUAUGCUGUUACAUCAAAACAUGCAAUAUUACAGCUGAAAUGUAUGCUGUUACUCCAAAACAUGCAAUAUUACAGCUGAAAUGUAUGCUGUUAAUCCAAAACAUGCAAUAUUACUGCUGCAAUGUAUGAUGUUACUUUAAAACAUGUAAUAUUAUUGCCGCAAUACAUAUAAUGUUUUUCUAAUAAUCAAGAUGCUACUAUAGUGGACAUAUUGAGAUUCAAACAGAUAUGAUGAUAUUACGAAACACAUAGAUAUUAUGAUUCCAACAGUAAUGUACUUAAUGUUAUUAAAUGUUGAACGUGGAGUUACCAAUGUCAUUGGAAUAAGGAUUGUUUAUUUUAUCCAAAUAUAAGUGAGAGAUAAUGAACGCAUUUUUGACGACACUGGCGUAUUAUGGGGAAUUAUAAAUGUUACUCCGUAAAAAGUUCUUUUCUUAUACCAUGUAAUGAAAAAUGUUAUUCAAUUGCUUGUGUUUUCUUUUUAUUGGUGUAUGUAUUUUUCAUAACUUUGUUAAUUGAUUUGAUAUUUUUAUAAUAUAGGUCGUAUAAAAUUAGAAUAUUAAUGUUGUAGUAAUGUUUGUUCCGCAAAGAUGUUUAUUUUUUAUUAAUGAGCCGUGCCAUGAGAAAACCAACAAAGUGGCUUGCGACCAUCAUGGAUCCAGACUAGCCUGCGCAUCCACGCACUCGGGUCAGGAUCCAUGCUGUUCUCUUUCAAAGACUAUUGCAAUUAGAAAAACCGUUAGCGAACAGUAUGGAUCCUGACCAGACUGAGUGGAUGCGCAUACUGGCCUGGAUCCAUGCAGGUCACAAAGCCACUUCGUUGGUUUUCGCAUGGCGCGGUUCAUUUGUGAAUACAAUACAUAAUAUCUACAAUGAACGUUUAUGGUAAAGUAAUAUGUUGCGUGAGAAGGAUUCUAAAGUUGAUCAUGUUUGAGAAAGAAAUGUUUAGACUAGAGUGUAGAAUAGUAUAUAUAUCAGACGACUGUUUGGACUAUAAAGAGAGGUUGAGGGAUACAUAAUAUGAGCCGUGCCAUGAGAAAACCAACAUAGUGGGUUUGCGACCAGCAUGGUUUCUCUAAUUGUAGUAGGCUUUUAAAAGCGGACAGCAUGGAUCCUGACCAGACUGCGCGGAUGCGCAGGCUGGUCUGGAUCCAUGCUGGUCGCAAACCACUAUGUUGGUUUUCUCAUGGCACGGCUCAUAUAUAUUUUAAUAAAUAAAUGAAUUGUCAUAAUAACUGACUUUGACACCAAUAAGAUGUAAAUGAUAAAACAAUAACUGUUUAAGGGUAGUGAUGAGCAGAUCGCCCAAUCGAGUAAUUUAGACUGGCGCUUAUUACCGGGUAUGAUAAAACGUAUGUCUAUUUAUUAAUAGUCCCUGAUACGGUCAUUCCAGCCAAUGCAUUGUUAUACAAGUAUUCACAUUGUUUAGUAGGUAAUUAGCAGGCAAUAUUGACAAUACUGGCUAUACUGGAUUCUUCAGGAUUUUACCCGCAUUGCCCAGUCUGAUUUCUUAACGUGUAAUUUCUACAAUGUUGGCACUUAAAAAGUAAUCAUGUAAUAGAAUUUGCUAGUGAAUACCUGUCUACACAAUGGCCUUGUAAUGGUUUCUGAUACCGGCCUCUUGAUAAUACGUAGGGCCAUUAUGACAGCACGUAUAUUAUGGGUUAUUGUAAUCUCAACCCCUCUAUUAUGUAAACACAAAGAAUUUUUAUACAUUAUUAUGGAGGCCCUGUAAAAGUCGCAUACCAAACUGCCGAGUUUGAAAAAAUGAGUAUGCAUUGUUUAUAUUUUAUUACAGAUAGUAUUUAGUCGGAUAAUAGGGUCGCUGUAUAUAUUUUUAGUGAAUUAUACAUGCUGUUUAAUAAUAGUGCUUAAAUUUGUUUUAUCAUUAUCAAUGUAUAAUUUAUUUUAAAAAAUCUGCGAUAUUGUUAUUGAUUUCUAUAAUUGGUUGGUCCUUCAAAUUAUAUUUAUGUUAAAAUGUUAUAUUGUUAUAAAGCUUUACGUGUUUCUUGUUUAUAACGAUGUAUGCUAAAGUAAAUUAAAACGCAACACUCAUACAUGGUAAAUAUUUCAGUCUUCAUAUAUGGCUAUUUAUUGAAUCUGAUUCAAUGUGGUUGCAUCUAUUUUUGCUACUUGACUCAUAACCGCUGUCACCUUUCUUUGUAUGUGUAUACUAAAUUUCACGGCGUACCUUUUCAAACAUUAACAGUUAUGAGUUGCUGACCUCGAUACCAACUGCCCUUAAUCCUAACCCUGCUUAAUUUCUAAAAUGGACUGGAGUCUAUAUUCGUCAGCACGAAUUUCCCGACUGCGGGCGGCGGACACGCUUCUUGUAAUGCAGGAAAAUAAUCUCCAUGGCACUUUUAUUCAAUAUGCAAAUAUAUGACAAAUAAGUUCUGUUAAAUCUAUAGAUGUUGCGUUUUAAUUCACACAAGUAUACUAUGCUGUAUAUUCAAAUAAACAUUUAAUACAUGUU